AGUGACGAACUACAUGGCGAAAAUAACUUUUUACCAAAACAACAAAACAAGACUCACUCAACUUGCUGGGUUUUUGGCAGUGUCAGAGGUUGAGAGCACCCCUCUUUCUUCCGUUCCCGCUCUCAUUCCAGCUUCGAGGAUGCAGAAGAAGGCUUCAAGGCGGCGAAGCACUACUUGUCGUCCUAAUAAACGCAAGCUCUUACACCUGCCACGUCAAAUUCAGAAGAGAAGGAAAUUUCUUGAAGAAGGGUUGACUCCCCUUGUUGAGAAGUAUUGGUUUCAGAGAUAUGAUCUGUUUUCGAGAUACGAUGAGGGGAUCAAAAUGGAUGAACAGGGGUGGUACUCUGUCACACCUGAAAAGAUUGCAAUCACCCACGCCAAGAGGUGUGAAAAUGCAACUGUCAUCGAUUGCUUUGCAGGCGUUGGCGGGAAUGCCAUUCAGUUUGCUUCAAUGUGUUAUCAUGUUGUUGCUAUUGAAAUUGAUCCCCUUAAAGUUGAUAUGGCCAUUAACAAUGCUAAAAUAUAUGGAGUGGAAGAUUACAUUGAUUUCAUUGUUGGAGACUUUUUCCAACUUGCACCAUCAUUGAAGGGGGAUGUAGUGUUUCUUUCACCACCUUGGGGAGGCCCAUCAUACAAAUGGGUGAAGAAAUUUACACUUGACUUACUCAAGCCAAAAGAUGGGUAUGCAAUAUUUCAAGCUGCUCAAGCGAUAACGCCCAACAUCAUUAUGUUCUUACCUCAGAAUGUAGACUUGCUCCAAGUGGAAGAACUCUGUUGGUUGUCUUCUCCUCCUCUACAAGUUGAGAUUGAAGAAAAUUAUGUGAGGAGCAAUUUAAAGGGUGUAACUGUCUACUUUGGUGGCACUGCAGCAUCAAGUCAAUGUGGGUCAUCAUAAUCUUUCUAAGCUAUGAGUUGACCCAACUGUAGUGUAUAUCAAGGACGUUAAUCACUUGCUGAAUUAUUUGUAGCAUAAUUUUAAAUGUCAAAGAAAAGCUUUGAGGGUUGUUUAGUUGAAUACGGCCAACAUAUGGAGAAGGUUCAGUUGUUGGCAAUCAUACUUCUUGAAGAUGCUUAGUUGUCUUUUUUUUUUU